AUGUCAAAUUCAGGAGAUUUACCUUUAUCACCAGUAAAUAAAGGUCCUAAAACUAUUAUUAGUGAUGAUGAUAGUUUACAUAAUACAUCAAUAAAUGAGGGGGAUAAAUUAUUAAAAUAUAAGAAAACAUUAAAAAAAAAAUUUAUAUUAUUUCAUGAAUCACCUCAAGUUUUAAGACCUAACAGGCAUAUGUAUUCAAUAAAAGCUGGAAGAACAAGAGUAAUAAAAAAUAUAACUCAAACUAAUAAAGCUAAACUUGUAUGUAAUCCAACACCUGGAAUAAUUCGUUUCAAAGUAGAUUCUAAAGGAUCAUUACUAUUAACAUGGGAAAAUAGGAUAACAAGAAAAAGAGAAUUUGAAUGUAAGCCAACUCCAUCAACAUGUACAUUUAAGAAAGUUGGUGAGUGUAAUGAUGGAUUUGUUGUAAUUUUUCAAGAUACUAUAAACAAAGAUAUGGAAUUUUUUUGGAUUCAAGAAAAUGAUCCAGAAACUGUUGACAAUUUUUUACCAAAAGUUAACAAAAUUCUUAAAAUGGAUAAAUAA